AUGACACCGAAGCGAAAGCGACGCGGUCGCAGCGAGUCACGGGCAAGGAGCAAAGCCAAUGGCCAGUCAAAAGCCGAGCAUCUGCAGCUGCUGGAGGAGCUCGAGUUGGCGGACAGUUGCUGUGAGAUCUGCCACUGCGACUGCUACAGUUCCCACAGCAGCAGUUCGGUGAGCGGGCGAGCGGGCAUUCAGCGGGAGGAGAGUCUGAAGGAACUGCUGCAGCUGGACAAGGAUAUCCAGGUCCUGGAGCAGCUACAGUGCCGGGAGAGUGCCAAGGUGAGAAGGAGCAGCAGUAGUCGCCAGCGCCAAAGAAGUGCUUCCCGAUCGCCCACGGAGGGGAAGUCUGGUCAGAGCAGGCGGGGAUCGGCUGACUGCCAGAAAAGGGACUCCACCUCUGGCAGAAGCAGGCGGUCGAAAAGCGCGGGCAGCCACAGAAGCGAGUCCAGGGAGCGGGAGCAGCCCCAUAAAGUGGAGUCCAAGCCUCCGGCACGACAACGACGCGGUGCUCAAAGGGAUUGCACAAUGCUUAAACAAUUUCUAGGUCCUCUAAACGACGCUCCCGCCCUGUCCAUCACUGGAAGGGCAAAGUCAAAGUCGCAGGACAAUAUGGCCCUGGUGCCCUUGGGCUCGCAGCAAGCCAAGAAGAGUUCGCUCUGCGCCUCAAUGGCCAACUUGUGCCUGGCCCCGACGGUGCGUGCUGCCUUUCAACAGGUGCCGAGUCAUGAUCAGAAGAUACUCAAUCGGAUGGCGGGAAAGCGUAGCCAGCAGGCCGCCGACAAGGAGACUGCUUGGCUGGCGCGGAAGUACUGGGAGAACGAGCGGCUGGAGCGACAGUUACUGCGCGUGGAGCAACUGGAGGCAUAUAAGCAGGCGGUGCACGAUAAGCAGUUCCAGGACUAUCUUCUAACCAAGGCACGGCUCCAGGCCCUGGCAGAGCGCGAUCUGGCCGAGCUACGGCGCCUACGCGGAGCACUGGACGCCAAGGAUGCGGCGGCGAAGCAGCGACUGGAGGCCAGGCGGCUGGAGCGUGACCUGAACCUCUGCCAGCGGCGUUGCGAGGAGCUGCGGCGCAGUGAGGCGGUAACGGUGCAGCAGGAGGAGCAGCACCUGGACGAGACGCUGCGCAAGCGCGACAUCUGCAUGCGGCUCACCCAGCGGCUGCGGCGGGCCGGUGAGCUGCGCGGCCAGCUGCUGGAGGCGUACCUGAAGCGGCUGCAGCACGACAACUACGUGGAGCAGGCCCAGCACGAGGAGCACUGGCGGGAGCGACAGCAGGAGGAGCGGGUGAGGAGGGACCAGCUCCGCGAGGACAUACAGCGCAAGCGUCAUCAAUCGCAGCGCUUCGUCGAGUGUCGCCAGCGGCGUCACGAAGAUCGCUUCCGCACCGCCAAGAUAUCGGCAAGUCUGCGGGAGUUGGUCCGUCAGUCGGUCACUCCGGAAGGUGGUGGCAUCGGUGGCUCUGUCGGCCAUGAUCCCCCCGUCCUUAACUCGUAUGCCCAGCAGCAAGUGCAACUGGGACGUCUUCUUUUCGAUCGGGACUCCGCAAGGGAUUGA